UUCAGCCCAGCCCCCAGCCUACGCCUUUAAAGCCAAAACACUUUGCUUUUUCGACACCUAUUGGCCUUUAGUUGAGGCAGUCGCACAUAUCUAUACCGUUUGGAUCAGUGCUUUUACGCGGUCGCUGCCAUGUCCGAAAGAUCCAAAGGUGACGUGUCUCGCGUAAACAACAAUCCAAAUGCGCCGCGUGUCGUUAAAAAUCCAUUACUUAGCGCCUCGGUAACCGGACUCAGCUACGAAGACUUUCCCAACAAGCCGCAACUGUUGCCCGCCGCCCCGCCCGUGGUGCAUGCCCCGCCGCCAGCAUCCACACCCGUCCUGAUCGCUGGCAUUCUGAAUCGCGAGCCAAAAACUUUGGUGACCGUGGGACAGCCGUCGAGCAUCGAUGACAGCGAAGCCCUCGACGAGAUCAACUUGAAUACGAGCAGUGAGGACUCGAGUGGAGUCAGUGGUGGAUCGUCGACUGCGUAUCUGCGUGGCACAGGCGAUGGUAAUGCCAAUCCCUUGCUAGAACCUCCACCGGGCGCUGGAAACGAUUCGUUGUUGAGCCAGGCGGCCUCAUCCUUCACAGCAUUGCCCUCGGUGGCCUCCAAUGUGUUUUCCACCUUCUCCAAGAGAAUCUACGCGGGCACAAAGGAAUCGGAAGAGCCUAAAUUGGACAUCCAGCCCACGUACAUACAGCAGGCGGGACACUACGCCCCACCGCCAGUAGCUGCAGCACCACCACCACCAUUCUACGCGGCACCACCGGCGGCAGCGAAUGAGAUUGUUGCUGCCCCAGAACCACCCAAGUUCUAUGCCCCCACGGAGGUGCCAGCACCGAACGUAGGCAUCGCCAGUGCACCACCACCCACCGCAUCGGGAAAUCCCAACACCUAUCGAUUCACCGCCAGAAAGAAGCUAUACGCACCGAUACCUGGCUUCACCGAGCAGUCGGCACAGGGUCCGCAGAUUCCACAGGCCCCACAGGCAGGUUUGCCCUUCCAGACGCCACCAUAUCCAGCCCAACAGGCAGCUCCAUUUGAGAUACCAUCGGCAUCUCCUUUUGAGAUUCAAGGAGCUCCCCCAGCAGCAGCAGCAGCGGGUCCCACAGAGGAGCGCAAAUCCGGCGGAGGCCUAUUUUCUCUGUCCAAUCUUGUGCCCACUGGCGUGCUGCAAAACAUCUCCGGACUUGUACAGUCCGCCACAGGCAGGAGCAGCGAGCAGUCCUCUAGUAAUCCUCCACCAUCUGGCGGGGGCUACUUUGACAUCAACACAGUCGCUCCAGCAAAUCCGAGCAACUAUUUCGGUGGCCCACCAGCGGCGGCACCGCCAGCGGGAAGCUACUUUGUGCCUGCCGCAGUUCCUGAGGCGGCGACAGCAAUUCCUCAACCACCAGUAGGUGGGUUCUUUCCACAGCCAGCCAAUCCGGUAGCGACAGCGGCUGCUCCCACUUCAGUCGCGGCUCCUUCCACAGUUGGAGGAUUCUUUGGGGCAAUACCACCUGCUAAUCCGCCAGCAACUGAUAUCAAUCCCAUCUCGGGAGCACCACCAGUUGGAGGAUUCUUUACACCAGGUGUGUCAGCAGGUCCUCCCACAGUUGGAGGAUUCUAUACGCCCGUUUCGGCACCGAUUGAGAUCAAUCCUAUUGCUGAAGCACCACCACCGGCAGCGGCAGCUAUUCCCCCAACAUCUGCACUUGCAGGAGGAUUUACUGCAAACCCAGGAGUAGUGUCAUCUGUGACUACAUCCACGACAGCAGCUCCUCCGCCAAUUGGAGGAUUCUUUGAUCCUAAUCCAGCAACAUCUGGUAUUCCUCCCACUUCCACAGUUGGAGGAUUCUUUACGCCAGCAGCAGUUCCACCUGCGGCCACAGCACCACCUGUUCCACCUGUUGCCACAGUAACAGCAGCAGCUCCUCCACCAGUAGGAGGAUUCUUUGCACCCGCAGGAGCAGGGCCACCAUCCAACGCAACUCCACUGGCAGGACCACCUCUGGGGACAGCACCUCCAUUGGCAGGACCACCUUUAGGAUCAGCAGCAACUGUCGCUGGACCACCACCUGCCGCUGGACAGGCAUCGUAUCGCCUCCAGAAGGGCACACGUCUCUACAAGAGUCCAUUGACGGCACAGGAAACUGCCACAGCGUCUGCUUUCGGCCCUCCCUUUGCCACAACAGCAGCUGCCCCAGCUGCCGUCUUCAAUCCAUUUGGAACUGGAGCUUCAGGAGUAUUUAAUCCAUUAGCUGGCAACCCACCAGUUGGUCAGCAGGAGAGCGAAGAUAACUCAGCCGUUGCACUAUUUGCACCUCCUUCUGCACCAGUGGCAGGACAGACCAUAGAUCAAGGACCGGCUCCUCCAGCUGCCUUUGCAUCGACAAAUCAGGGAAGUCCCUUCCCCGCUCCACAGCCAGGACCCCAGGCAACGCCAUUCUUCAUUCCACAAACGGGGGACAGACCUCCAGUACCCACCAGCCAGGAAACUGCACCAUCCAGCCAAGGAAUAUCCUUCUUUGAAGCACCUCCGACAUCGGACAUUGCUCUCUUCACGCCACCACCCGUCCAGGAAACAGCAGCAGCACCAAUCGAAUUAAAACCAAUCGAAACACAAGGAAUAUCUUUCUUUGCACCGCAGCCAGAUCUCGCACCUUCAACAGCCCAAGAGAUUCCACUGUUUGUCCCGGCAGCAGUUGAGGCACCUCCAGAAGGACAUCCCUUGUAUCCACCGACAGCAGUCGCAGAGGACAUUCCUGCCGCUGAGAGCCCAUUAUUUGUGCCAGUGCCAACAUCGGCAGCAGAUCAGAGUCAGGGAGUACCGCUCUAUCCACCAGAAACAGCCACAUAUAACGCUUCAUCUAGCGUUCUCUUUGCUGCAUCGGAGCAUCAACCGAGUGCACCAUUAUUCGAAGCUGUUCAACCACCAUCCACGGAGGCAGUCGAUGCUUCAGCAAGCGAUUUCUUUGGAUCUGCCAAGGCUGAAGCUGUCCCUGCAUCUGCAAAUACCGAAACGGCUUACAGCCCAUUCGGACAGACGGUGACCACGCCCUCGCAAGUGCUGCAGACACCACCGGCACAAGAUUUACUGCCACCGCCUGUUGGAUUUGUUGCGCCACAACAACCAGAGGCAGAGCCAGAGCCAGAGGUGGCCGCCGCCGCUCCUCCAGCAGAAUUUGGAGGAGUUACCGAAGCACUAGCCCUAGCCCACCCACCACUUGCACCAUCGCCGCUUCAGAGCUUCUUUUCGCAGACAGCGACUGCUGCCCCAGAGGAUUUCAACUUUUUUGCCGCACCAGGCAGCAGCCUGUUUCCAGAACUGCCACAGCAGCGGGGCAUAGCGCCGCCCCCUUUGGCACAGGAGCCACCGCCGGCAGCAGCAGAAUCUGGUAUUGCACCAGGACUGGGCUUUGAUCAAUUUCUAAGCCAAUCCCAGCAAGCGCAAAGCCACAACUACAUUGGAAAUUCAAAUGAGAAUUCCUAUCAACAAAAUUCAAGUGUCAAUACAUUCUCCGGCUAUUUUGGUGGCCCCACUGUGACAGAAGCCCCAGCCCCACCCCCAGCCACAACCACAGCAGCAGCAGUGCCACUUGCUGCUCCAGUUAGUAACUGUGACCCCUCCCAUUUCUUUGAUCAAGUGCCACAGCCACAGGCCCCGACAAACGCUAACGAGGAUCAACGCAUACAGAACUUCUUCAACAACCCGCCACUGCAGGACCAGCCAGCGGCACCGGGCGAACUCAAAUACGAUAUAGUGCACAGCGGUCUGCCCGUCAAACAGAUACAGGCACGCUCCCAGACACCCAUCUCCAAUUUGGUGGAGCCCCCCUCCUCGUCUGCCUGCUCAGAGUUUUCGACACUGGCACCAGCAGCAGCCACAGUUCCAGCAACAGCUCCGGCAACCAAUCCAACAGUCGAGCGUCAAACGGGCGAGGAUCUACUGCAGUUGCAUCAAGCGGAAUUGCCGGAGGAGAUCUUGAAAGAGCUCAGAAUGGCCACAAAUGCAACGACAAGCGACAAGGCAGGCACGCCCCCUGUUUCUAUAGUUUAUACGCCUGCUGUGGUCCAUUGGUUCUACAAACGUAGAGUGGACGCGAAACAUAUUUGGACACCAUUCAGUCACUAUGAUUCAGCGCUGCUUGAGACCAGCCUCCACAAUGAAGAUUCCACACUGAUUGUGCCCGUCGAGGGUGGCCGCUAUGAUGUCAGCAUCAAGGAACGCACCAAAACCCCCGUCUACUGGGAGGGCAAGGGCAUUGAGGUGCGCCGCUGCUCCUGGUUCUACAAAGGCGUAGACUCCAAGUAUGUGCCCUAUUCUGAGGACACGGCCGCACUGCUGGAAGACGAGUACAAACGUUCGGCAGAGACUGGCGAAUGGCAUCAGAAGAUCAUGCUGGCCAACGGUGAACAGGUGGUCUUCCAUGGGCCCACAGUCAUCGUGCAUUUCCUGCCACAACAGAAUUCGGAUUCGUGGGGGGCCAGCGCACAGAGCUCCAUGCGUCCGCGGGUGGUCAAGAGGGAUCUGGAUGACUUUGUCAUCAAGCAGGGCGAGUCCCAGCGCGUGGAUCAUCUGUUGUUUAUGGUCCAUGGCAUUGGUUCGGCCUGUGAUCUGAAAAUGCGCUCAGUGGAGGAAGUGGUGGAUGAUUUCAGAGACAUUGCCCAGCAGCUGGUUCAGUCGCACUACAAGAACUCCACAGAUAUGGGCCUGGUGGGUCGCGUCGAAGUGUUGCCCAUCUCCUGGCAUGGCCAUCUACACUCCGAGGAGGAGGGCAUCGAUGAGAAGCUAAAAUCUAUCACCCUAGAGUCGAUACCACGGCUACGUAACUUUACGAACGACACUCUGCUGGACGUACUCUUCUACACCAGCCCCAAGUACUGUCAGAAGAUUAUGAACACGGUGGCCGAUGCUCUCAAUGAGGUCUAUCUGAAGUACAGAUUCAGGCAUCCGGAAUUCAACGGCGGCGUCUCAUUGGCCGGUCACAGUCUGGGGUCACUCAUCCUGUUCGAUCUGCUGUGCCAUCAGGAGCCACUCAAAGAGAGCGAAGAGGAGAAUAAGGAGAACCCAGACCAGUUGCCGCAGAAGAACGAAAACAACUACAAGAAAGUGCAACUGCCCUCCGGCGAUCUGCUGCCGAAGCAGGUCAGCUACACCAUGGGUCCGGCCGGCACUGGACAGCCGGUCAUCAACUACACACAGCUCAUCUUCCACCCGAAGAAGUUCUUUGCCCUGGGCUCGCCCAUCGGCAUGUUUGUGACCAUUCGGGGCAUCGAUCAGCUUGGCCUGGACUUUCACCUGCCCACAUGUCCGGGUUUCUACAAUAUAUUCCAUCCCUUCGAUCCGGUGGCCUAUCGGAUUGAGGCUCUCGUCAAUGCGGAUAUGAAUGGUAUACGUCCUGUUCUCAUACCCCAUCACAAGGGACGCAAGCGCAUGCAUCUGGAGCUGAGGGAGACUAUGACGCGUGUGGGGGCAGAUAUCAAGCAGAGAUUCAUGGACACAUUCAAGACCACCCUGGACAGUGUGAACUUCUUGGCCACGGUGACCAAAGUUAAAAAGGAGGCAGAAGAGACGCUCGAAAAGCAGGUCUUGAAUCAGACUUCGUCGCAGUUCCAGAAAGAAAACGAUGAUCAAGAGGAUAUUUCUGUGGCCAGCACAUCCACAAAGACAAGAAAUCGCACAUAUUCCAACUCGACAACGGCCUCAGAUCCAGAGUUUGUAGAACUGGACUUUCCGCUAGGCAAACUGAACGAUUCGAAGCGCGUCGACUAUGUGCUGCAAGAGGCACCGCUGGAGUUUAUCAAUGAGUACAUCUUUGCCUUGAGCAGUCAUGUCUGCUACUGGGGCUCUGAAGACACAAUCCUGUUUGUGAUGAAGGAAAUCUAUGCCAGCCUCGGGAUCAGCACCGACAGCCAGGUGCCCCAGCAGUCCAUGACCAUCGAGAGGCCAGGCUCAUUUGACAGUAAUCAGUCGCUGUUGCCGAUGUGAACACCCACACACACACAAUUAUACUAUAAACAUUUUAGAAUCAAUUGAUUUAGAUAUGUUUUUGUUGUUAGAAGAAUUAUCUAAAGAAUUUUUAUUAUGUGCAA